AUGUUCUCCACGCUCACCACGCCCGUUCCGACGUCGGGCUGCGCGCGUGAUGUACAGCAUGUACGAGGCGAGAUGGUCAAGAAGGGGUGGUACGAUUAUCCCGCGACGCCGGGACAGGGCGCGUUUGCUGGGUUUGGGAGGGCGUAUGUCGCGAGUAGCCCGACGGAGGAUCUAGGAAUGGGGUUGGGCAUGGGCAUGGGGAUGGGCACGGCAAUGGGGAUGGAGGAGGAUGGAAGAGUGUACGAGGGUGUCAGGGCGGAGGCGGAAGAGCAGAAAAGAGGGAUGGUAUUGCGGAUGGACACGGGCUCGACGGAUGAUGGGGGGACGUACAAGGGCAAGGGCAGGGGACAGGGGGGAUCGAAGUCGAGGAUGGAUACUGGCUCGACAGAUGAUGAGCGGGAGUACAAGGGAGAAGGGCGGGGACAAGGGGGACCGAAGCUGAGGAUGGAUACAGGCUCGACGGCAGACGGGAGGGAGUAUAUGGGGGAGGGGAGGGAACAGGGGGAUGUGUUGUUGAGGAUGAUGACGGGAUCGACAUCGGCUGCGAGCCCUCUACCGGAGGAAAUGGCGUAUGAGGGGGAGCUGAGGGGCGAUGGGGUAGUCAUGCGGAUGACGACAUCCUCUUCGUCCGUACCGAGCCCUUCACCGGUCUUCGGGGCACUGCAGAUUCCUGCCGCCGAUCAGCGGACCACACGCCCCAACCGCAGACCCACGAACCCCUCGGAGCACCCAAGCGACGAGGACGCGACGGGUAGUACGGUCACUCACGAGCGCACAUCCACCAAUACCUCCGACGGGUCCCAGUCUACCCAACCCAGCCAAGCGACUCCCCAGUACCAAGUCGGACCCGCGCUAUUGACCGAAUCGGCCAAUCCCGCGCUCACGUCCAACUCGGCCUCAUCCUUUGAGAACGACCGCUCCCCCAGGUCACCCUAUACCGCCCCUUCCAGCCUUCCCGUAUGGCUCGUACCCGCUCCGACUCCUCCGGCCGUACAGACCCCAUCUUCGUACUUUGGCGCACCCGCCGAGGUGGUCGUCUCCCCGGAACGAUUCACGCCCGCCGUGACCCAGUUCGUUGGCUUUCCCCCUCCGGAUACUGCGCAUGAGAUCUCUGAGGGAUUGAAGGAAGGUGCCGCGGGCAUGGCGGAUGAGCAGGGGGAGGAUGAGGACGGGAUGAGGGUUGAUGGAGCAGAGGAGAUGGCGGAAGUGGUGAUUAACAGACAGGCGAGACAGCAGAACCGGGUCGUUUCGGACGAUUCGACGAUUUCGGCGAGGACGAUCAUGCCGAGGGAACAGGCGAUGCUCUCUGCGACUGUUACGCCGGCGAUGCGAGCUACUCAGGCGGUGGUGCCAGAGACGACUGAGGGAUAUCAGUACCGGUGCGUAUAUGUCUUUUGCGUCUUCGUGCAUCUCAGGCUCCCUACUCUCCCUGCGAUACUGAAACAUGCCUUCCCGCCUUCCACAUCCAUCCAAUUCAUUCCAGACCACCUUUCCACCUCUUGCCCUCCACCCACUACCUCCCUCCUUUGUUCCCCCAUUCUCAAAGGUAGUACCAACCCGCCCCGUCUCAUCCCCCAAAUGUCUCACAAACUCCAACAUUCCCCAUCUGCUCCUUAUUCUCAACUCCACUUUUACUCCGCAUUCCCUAUAGCCGUACCUGUACACCCCGCCCGGGUCCAGAAUCAAGGAGCUGACAUGGAGUUUCUUAUCUUUUCCCCACCUUCGACCUCCGCACCUACUUUUCCCGCUCAUCCCCCUCAACCACCUUAUCCCGCAACGCAACACCACGCCGACGAUCCCCGCAAACAACCCAUAUCUGGGACUCACUGCUAUGGCGCGCCCCAACCUCAACAUCAACAAACAUACGAUCCCACCUCACCGCCUCCGCCCCCUUUUGACAUUUCGCGGUUCGCGUUCAAUCCGGCCCUUCCUUCCCUGGCGGAUUCGGCGGCGUAUCCACUACCGGUCGUGACGCCCGCUCGUACUCGUGCUCGUGCUCAUGAUUCUACCGGUGUUGCGGGAAGCAGGCCGGGAGUAUCGCCUGGGGAUGGGCUGAGGGCUAUGCGGGAUCUAGAGGAGGACCUGGCUGUUAAUGUGGGUCUAGAUGUGGAUGACUGGGCAGACGUCCUAAGGCGGUGGUUUCUUCCUCCAGCACGUCUGACGCUCACCCUCACAUCGACCACCGAGGAGAUCAGGCAAUUUAACAUCAAUGCUCAGAUGCUCGCCCCCUUCUUCUGGUCCCUUCAGAAUAACAGGCUGACUGCCCAAUCCCUCCGCUUAUCCGAGACCCGCGAGACGGCCAUCAUCUUCGAUACGCCCUUAUCGUCCGCCGACGCCUCCCGCGGAGACAGUAGGGAAGAUCGAGGCGUCCAGCUCCAAGCGGACGACUUUCGCUGGAGGUUUGGGUAUAAGGAUGGGGAGGUGCUGGAGUGGGAAGGGACGGUGGAGGUUGUUUGGGCGGUUACGGGCGGAGUGGAGGGUGGGCGGGGGCACGGGAGUGGCGGAGAGGGUGGAGGAGGUGGCGCAGGUGCUGAACGGCUGAUGAUUGAGAGAUUGGAGGUGGUCGUGCACGAGUGGAAAGCGGGUGUCGGGUCGACCGAGGUGGACAAGGAGAAUUGGGGCUGGGGGAUACCGGAAGAUGACUUUGAGGUCCUAGAGAUGAUAGAAGCGUCGGAACACUUCGAGCCGGUCAGAGCUCUCGCAGAGGAUGAGGAGUUGGGGUUUGACGUCGCGCUAGAAAGGCUCCUAGGCAAGUAUGAGGAUGGAGAGACGUAUCUCGGCGAAGGGAACGAGGAUGGGGAUAGUGUGAUGAGCGAAGAUAAGAUGGAGGAAGUGGACUUUGGGAUGGAAGGUGGAGCAGGUGAGGGAGACGCGUGA